AUGUUGAGGAGAUCAAACAGUCACCUGUACAAGAUGGUAAAUUGGUGGAGAAGGGGAGACUCAGUCUCAUCCUGGAUACUCAUUCUGAUGCUGUUUGCUUUCAGGGAGACACAGGCAGUCCACCAUAGGAAUGAACUUCAGUUCACUAAAGUGUUUAUGAACCUCUCUGUCUCGGACUUCACUGUUGCUGGCUUCAUUGAUGACGUUCAGUGGCUUUCCUAUGACAAACUGAAUAAACAGAUUAUAGUGAAGGAAGUCUGGAUCUCUGACGCCCUGGGAACCAACUUCAUUGAAGAUAUGAAUCGCUUCAUGAGAAGACACGAGGGAGGUGGCUACAUCGUGACAUAUUUCUUAACAGGAAAUGACCCCAACAAUAAGAGGAAUCACACGAAACAGCUCUUUGUAGGCUGUGAAUUAGAUGAUGGCAUCCAAUUGAAAAGCAAGGCACGCCUUGGCUGGGAUGGCGAGGAUAUGAUGGAGACUGAUGAUCAUACAAAACACUGGGUGUUCCUGAACCCUAGGGCACAGAAGUUGAAACCUGUUACAGAAAGCUCCUUCUGGACCAAUGAGAUAGAACUCUCCAGUAAAAAAUAUUGUGUUGGUGUAGUUCAGAACAUCUUUCGCAAUUCAAGCAUAAAGGAAAACUUGCCACCUAAGGUGUAUGUGUCCCGUCAUGAUUCCCCCAAUGGUACCAUCACCUUCUCCUGCUUGGCCACAGGCUUUUACCCCAGAUCUAUCUUGUUAAUCUGGAAGAAGACCCCUGAACCAGCCAAAUGGGGGAAGGAGAGCUCCAGUGGCACCCUGCCCAAUGCUGAUGAUACCUUCUACCUCCAUGUCACCCUGGAGCUACUCCCAGGGGACUCAGGGGAAGGGUACACUUGUGUGGUGGAGCAUAGUGAGCUGCAGAAACCAGCUAUCUACCCUGUUCCUGGAAAGCCUCCUAGGAAGUGGCUUUGGGCCAUAGCUGUGAGCAUCCUAGCAGUCUUCAUCCUAGGGCUGAGCUGUGCUAAAGUCUUUAUCACAUGGAAUAAGAAGAAUAAGACAGGGACAACUUCACAAUCUCAACUAAAAGGACCCAUUUCUUCUCCAACUAUUCAUCUCCAGUAA